UGUAUUUUUUUUCCGGUUCGUGUAUCAUUUUGCGACGUUCCGAUAAAAUUCCCCGGCAAACCCCCCGGAAAUCAUGGAGUCGGAUCAGGAGGAUGAGGUCCCCAACGUUAAUUUUGUGCCCAGUUUGCUGUUCGUGAAGCGAGGCGUCGCCAAAGCAAAUCCCGAUAAGGUCACGCUGACUCCCGGGGAACUGGCUCGGAUUAUCAACGAUACGCGGGACGGUUUGGAAGAGGAUGGCGCCGAAAAUAUGGACACUUCUGACGAUGAGGAAAAUGAAGAAAGUACGGCCAGGUUGACUGGCCGCGCUGAGGAGGUCGCUGCUGGGUCGUCCGGAAGCGGUGCCCAACCGGCGGGUGAUGAGUUCGGUUUCGAAGGGUACGAGCAGGAGUCUGGAGAACCCGUUGUACGAUUGAGUUCGGUAGCGGUCGUAGAUCCGGACGAGAAUAUCCAGGACGAGGAUGAUUCUGACGCGGAGGACGAAAUCAUCAAACCGACCGAUAAUCUGAUUUUGGUUGGUCACGUUCAAAACGACAGUGCUUCGAUGGAAGUUUACAUUUAUAACGAAGAAGAAGGCAGUAUGUACGUGCAUCACGACUUCCUGCUGCCCAGUCCUCCGCUGUGUAUCGAAUGGUUAAGUUUCGAUCCGGGCAGCGAUAAGCCGGGCAAUCUGUGUGCGAUCGGCUGCAUGGAUCCGGUCAUUACGCUGUGGGAUCUGGACAUUCAAGACUCGCUGGAACCGGUCUGUAAGCUUGGGUCCAAGGGAAGUCGCAAAAAGAACAAACCCAAGGUCGGCCAUUCCGAUGCGGUGUUGGACCUUUCGUGGAAUCGUAACUUGGAACACAUCCUAGCCAGUGGCUCGGUGGAUCAAUCGGUCAUUCUGUGGGACAUGGAAGACGGCACACCGCACACCAUCAUCAAGGAGUUUGAGGAGAAAGUUCAAACGCUCGCAUUCCAUCCGACGAAGGCGGAAGCCCUGCUGGUGGGAAGCUGCGAUGGCAAGGUAAAAGUCUUUGACUGCCGGUCCACGACCAAUGAUAGCAGCAGCUACAAGACGUGGAAUCUGGGAGGCGAAGUGGAACGGGUCUGCUGGAGUCACCACAAUGAGCACCACUUUGUGGCCAGCACCAACGAGGGACGGAUUCACUACGUCGAUGUGCGGACCGACCAUCCCCUGUGGUCGAAGGAGGUGCACGAGAAGGAGAUUACCGGACUGGUGCUGAGCUCGAAGGUCCCGGGAAUGCUGGCGACGGCGUCGGCCGAUGGAACACUUAAGGUGUGGGACUUUGACGAUCAGGAUGCACGGUUGACGUACAAGAAGAAUCCCAAGAUCGGUGUGAUUCAGUGCUUGGAUGAGUGCCCGGAGAGUCCAUUUGUGAUGGCGAUGGGGGGCGACUUGAAGACGAAGAACUUUACCGUGGUCAAUCUGCUGGAUAAUGAUGUUGUUACGAACGUAUUCAAGUCCCGGUUCGAUCCAAGCUAUGUUCAACCGACGACGGUUGACACUUCUUCCGGAGCAACUGAAGAUGCUAACAUGAGUGACGACGAUGAAGAAGAAGAAGAUGAACUUUAGUCAGGGGUAAGAUUAAUAAUACU